UGCCGGCGGACCCCUCCGGUUGCAGGAGCCUUCUGCAUUCCCUUGUACGUGCCCUAUGUGCUGACGGGGCGGUGGAUCUUCGGGAGAAGCCUCUGCAAACUCUGGCUGGUGGUUGAUUACCUGCUCUGCACCUCUUCGGUCUUCAACAUCGUGCUGAUCAGCUACGACAGAUUCCUCUCGGUGACAAGAGCAGUCGCCUACAGAGCCCAGCAAGGCAACACCAAGCGAGCGGUGCUGAAGAUGGUGAUGGUAUGGGUAUUUGCGUUCCUGCUUUACGGACCUGCCAUCAUCAGCUGGGAGUAUAUAUCAGGUCAGAGUAUCAUACCCACUGGGGAAUGCUACGCUGAAUUUUUCCACAACUGGUAUUUUCUCAUGACAGCCUCUACGCUGGAGUUUUUCACCCCUUUCAUCAGUGUAAUGUUUUUCAACCUGAGCAUUUACCUGAACAUACAGAAGCGUACCAAAAUACGCCUGGAUAUUUUCCACGAAGUGCACAACCAGUCCUUCACUGAAGAGAUGGAAAUGAGCCCAGAAGCAAAGCUUUCUUUGAAAUGCUGUAAGUGGGAGCAGAAGGAGCCAGCUGAAACCCUCGACCUCUCUAAGAGCAAAGCUCAAGCAGCAGCCUCCCCUGCCAGCCUGGGUGCCAACGACCUGCUGUCAACAAGCUCUGAGAGCUCCGGGAAACCUAAGUGCUGCAACAAAAAGGGCUGCAAAAAUUCAGCAUCCACUCUGUCCUUAGAGAAACGGAUGAAGGUAGUAUCCCAGAGCAUGACUCAACGCUUCAGGCUCUCUAGAGACAAGAAAGUGGCCAAAUCGCUGGCAAUCAUCGUGGGCAUUUUUGGGAUUUGCUGGGCACCGUACACGCUCCUGAUGAUCAUCCGCGCUGGCUGCCACGGCCACUGCAUCUCUGACUACUGGUACGAGACUUCCUUUUGGCUGCUGUGGAUCAACUCGGCUGUCAACCCUGUCCUGUACCCUCUCUGCCACUACAGCUUCAGAAGAGCUUUUAUUAAACUCCUCUGUCCCAAGAAGCUAAAGAUUCAACCUCACGAUCCCCUUCAGAACUGCUGGAAGUGAAGUGUGCGGAUGAAAAGAGCCUUGUUUCAAUACACCUGUGUUACGGAAAAAGUACUGUAG